AUGCGAGAGCUGGACAUCAAUCAAACUUGGGUAAAGGAGAAGGCUCGUAGAGCACCGGAACGAUUGUUGGAAGAUCUGGAGGAGUCGAAAGAGGCACUCUUGCGUAAACAGCGUCUUUUGCAAACGGAGCUUGAGGAAACCCAACAAACUCUGCAAGAACAACAGCGCGAACGACAACACCAGCCUGAGCAGGCAGCUGCAACCUUAGCCGCCAAUUUGUAUUCUGUGAGCGGUGCCGCUAUGUCAGUGUACUUCAGUUCGUUUUUUUUCUGUUUGCAGGCCGAGGCAAAGUGUCUGGCCACCCAAAGACAGAAUUCGGAGCUGGCCUCUCGCGUUGAGGAAUUGGAGGAGAACCUGGAAGACAUGAGCACCAGACAUCGUCGCUCCGUGAUUGGAGCGUCCGCGUCCUCGCCAUCUCUUUCGGCCUACGUUGAGGAGCUUUCGCAGGCGACUGAGGAAAGAAAUAGCCUGCGUCAGGAGGUCGCUGAUCUGCAGGAGCGCUUGAAGGCAGCCGCCAAUGAGAGGGCCGGUGUAAGUAUUUCAAUACUAGUGCUGUAUAUCUUUUAG